AAGAGAAGGAGGUGAGGAACUAUCGCAGGCAGGCAGAAAAGGAGGUGAGGAAUUACUGGAAGUAACAAGCAAAGCAGGCGAGGGAUUACUCAGAGCAGAGAGGGUAAGAGGUGAGGAAUCUUUGAAGGUAGCUAGCAAAGGAGGUGAGGAAGCCUUGAAGGCCCCGAGAGAGGGAGGCGAGGAGUCACCCGAAGCAGACAGAGGAGGGGGUGAGGAGCUACUGCAGGCGGGCAGCGGAGGCGAGGAGGUGCUGAAAGAGAGCGCAGGAGGUGAGGCAGCGAUGCAGGCAGAGGACAGCGGAGACAGGGCAGCUUUCCAGUCAGAAGAGACCCCCGAUCUGGAGAAGGACUUCAGCGCAGGCCAGAGAGCUUCCGGGGAAGGGCUGGGAGGGCCUGGCGAGCUGGAGGGGGGGGCUGCCCCGAGGGCCAGGGAAGAGCCCACUCAGGAGACAGAAGCUCAGCCACCCCAGAAGACCACGGAGGACUGCCUGAAGGAGGAAGCUGCCUCAGGGAAACCCCAGCCCCCUGCUGAGGGCCCGAGCCCCUCGGGCAAUGCCGCGCCCCUUGUGGAGGUGACCCCAGCCCCAGCAGAGCAGCCCCCAGAGUGCCAGCCACUGCUGCAGGCCAAGGGGCCCAGGACCAACCCCAGUGCCCACCCUGUGCCCAGCUAUGCCCCUGCCCGCCAGCCCCCGCCCUCUGCUGCUGCUCCGGAGGGCUCCGAGACCAGUGCUCCGAAGCAGAAAACGUGCCAGUGUUGUGCGGUUAUGUGAGCCCAGGCCCUGCUCCCCAUGCCCGGCUCUCUCACACCUACCUCGGCCGCUUGGCACCCAGCAGAGGGUCCCGGGCACAUACGGGACCCACGGGCCCUGCCCGCCCCACCCCUCCACCUGGGCUUCAGGAUCCCCGCUGCUGCCCGUGACCCUGG